AUGAAGAGUGCUUCCAAACAUUCUAAGGAGAAUGCCGGCGGGCCGGCCGGACGCGUCGGCUGCCGCGGCCAGCUCGCUGGCCUCGGCUGGCUGAUCUACUGCGCCGCCUUCGCCUGGCUCGGGCUCGGGCUCAACCGUCUGGCCGUCGAUGCUGCCCCUGUCCCCGGCCCCGACCUCUCAACUUGUGGACCGCCCAACCUCCCCAACGGCGUCCAGCCGACGGAUUGCUGCCCGCCGUACACAUCCACCGUCGUCGACUUCAAGCUCCCCUCGCCCACCGAACAGCUCCGCGUCCGGCCCGCGGCUCACUUGGUCGACGCCGACUACCUCGCCAUGUAUAAGAAGGCGGUCGAGCUCAUGAAGGCCCUCCCCGACGACGACCCGCGCAGCUUCAAGCAGCAGGCCAACGUGCACUGCGCCUACUGCAACGGCGCGUACGACCAACUCGGCUUCCCCGGCCUCGAGCUCGACGUCCACAACUCGUGGCUCUUCUUUCCCUUUCACCGCUUCUACCUCUACUUCAACGAGCGCAUACUCAGGAAGCUCAUCUGCAACGACACGUUCGCGCUGCCUUUCUGGAACUGGGACGCGCCGGGGGGCAUGCAGAUCCCGUCGAUCUACACCGACACUUCGUCCCCGCUCUAUGACAAUCUGCGCAAUGCGAAUUACCAGCCGCCGGCUUUGCUCUCCCUCGACUUCUCCGGAACCAAGCCCCCAGCCCAACAGAUCCAAAACAACCUCCAGGUCAUGAAACGAGAGAUGAUAACCGGUGGGACGACGGCACAACUGUUUCUGGGCGCUGCGUACCGAGCCGGCGACCAACCCGACCCCGGCGCAGGCACUGUAGAGAGAGAGUCGCACAGCAGCGUGCACUGGUUGACGGGCGACCCCACCCACAGGCAUGAAGACAUGGGCGCGUUCUACUCGGCGGGGCGGGACCCCAUCUUCUUCGCCCACCACGGCAACAUCGACCGCCUGUGGUACCUGUGGAGGGGCCUCGGAAGCACGCACCAAGACUUCACCGACCCCGACUGGCUCAACUCGACCUUCCUGUUCUACGACGAGAACGCGCAGCUCGUCCGCGUCAGAGUACAGGACUGCUUAGACACCGACGCGCUGCGGUACACGUACCAGGACGUUGACAUCCCGUGGAACAAUGUGACUGCGACGCCGGCAAAACCUCCGCCGACGCUUCUCCCUCCACCUAAAAUACCCCAGAUUACAUUCCCGUUGGCACUGGAUAGCCCAACGAGCGCGAUAGUGGUGAGGCCGGAGAUCGGAAUCGGCGGUGCGACAGAGGAGGAGGUGUUGGUGGUGGAGGGGGUCCAGAUGGGGAAUGACCAGCUCGUGAAGUUCGACGUGUUUAUAAACGCGCCGAACUUCUACCAAGAGCUGGGGCCAUCGGCGAGCCAGUGCGCGGGGAGCUUCAUCGAGCUGCCGGAGCCGAGUAAGAAUGGGAGGAGCACGGGCAUGGACACCACUGUGAGGUUCGGCAUAACGGAGCUGCUCAACCAAAUCGGCGCCGCCUCCGACAAGACCAUUACCGUCACGCUCGUGCCCAGGAAUGGGACAGUGUCGAUUGGCGGGCUGAAGGUCGAAUUUUCCUUGCCAUCGAUGAUCUAAAUACAUAUUAUGAAGGGGGAGAAAUCUACAAUCUACAUUAAUUUAUACGCCCCUACAGAGGAGAAUAAUUUAUUUAG